UUUUAGAUAGAUCAGGCCUAUAUUAACCAAAAGUAAACCAACUAUUCUAAUCAAACGACCCAUGACUCAUUCGAAUCAGACCAGAAAGUUUGGUUCGAAUCCCGGUUUUGACCAUCCAUCUGUCCCAUAACGCCAGAAGCCGCUAACUGAGAGCCAACACACUCUUCAUCGGCUCACAUGCCCGCCUGAAGCCGCUGGUCUCCGUCGCCUGUGCCGUGUUUCCCGCUGUACCUUGCAGGUUCGUAGUUUCUUCAGUCUAUGCACUCUCAAUCUACAAUGAUUGUGCCUGGGUUAACCGCUAGCCCAUUGAGAUACAGUUUUCACCCAUCUGUACGAUGUCUGGGGUUCCCUACCAAGAAUGUUCUGGUGUUUACAGAUGUAAUGAGAAUGCGGCGAAACGAUACAAGGAAAUUCAAAUUAGAGCGAAAUCAUCUAGUCAAGUGUUCAAUGUCAGCUUACUAUGGGGAUUCCAUGGGUGAUGCUGGUGCUCACUUUCCUAGGAUCAACAUAACGGAUCCAUAUAAACGACUUGGAAUCAGCAGGGAGGCUUCUGAAGAAGAAAUCCAAUCCGCUAGAAACUUCCUAAUAAAAAAAUAUGCCGGUCAUAAACCGAGUGUGGAUUCGAUUGAAUCGGCUCAUGAUAAGAUAAUCAUGCAGAAAUUUUAUGAAAGGAAGAACCCAAAAAUAAAUAUUAAGAAAAAGGUGAAAGAAUUUACCCAAUCCAAGUCUGUUCAGGUGGUUGCAAGCAGGUUUCGCACUCCAGCUACAUCUUUCUUGAUAAAAACAUCCAUUGCUUUCGUUGUUAUUGGAGCCAUGACAGUUCUGUUUCCGACUGAAGAAGGCCCAACUCUUCAAGUCGCCAUUUCUCUUAUCACCACCUUGUAUUUCAUUCAUGCCCGUCUAAGGAGCAAACUUAGAGCUUUUCUUUAUGGAGUUGGUGGAUUUAUUUUCUCGUGGCUACUUGGGACAUUCUUGAUGGUAUCUUUGGUACCACCUAUACUUAAAGGACCCAGGAGUUUGGAGGUUACAACUUCUCUCAUAACCUAUUUCCUGUUGUGGGUUGCUUCGACAUAUCUCAUAUAACUUGCCACCACCCGAUUUUGUAAGCUAAUAGGAAUAUGGCUGGUUGAGUACUUCUUCUGGUGUUCAAAGCAGAGUCUAAGUUAUGCAAUGUGUACACAUCGCCCCACCAUUUGACUAUCGUAUCUUAUUGAAAUCGUGUUGUCCUUUUUAUGAAUGUUUAGCGGCCAUUAUUGAUUUUUUAGCCUCAUAUGAUUAUCUUUCAUUGUCCUUUCAUUCUCUGAAAUGUAGGCAGCCGAAUUUUUGGAGUUUUUUUUUUGUUUUGUUAAUUAUUAUUGUGUGUGGGGAAGUUCUUUUAAAAGUGUAUAUGCUUACAUCAUAUUGAGCUUCACUACCCAGAUGGCAAUAAGGGGAUAUAUAACUAAUAUAAGUAUUGCUCCAACCUUACAUGAAUGUAACAUAUACUCAAUGCAUUUACACCAG